AAUGUCACGUGACCGAAAGACAGAUUAAGCAUGCGCUGGUACCGAGAUUACUCAGGAGCGUAUCAACGAAAUAUAAUUUGGGUGAUAAAAAACAUUUUUCAACAUUUGGAAUUGUUGUUAUAUUAUCAUAAAUACGAUAUUGUUAUUUCGUUUGGAUAUACACAAGAUUUUUAUGUAUAUCAUUCAUCUGAAUUGUACACCUGAAAAUAAUUUUCAUUCAAUUAUUAUUUGGACAUCUUAAUUCUAUGGAUUAAGGAUAAUGCAAGGACAAAAUGGUCUUGUCGUAUAUUCAUAUUUUUUUAAUUGUAUGUACCUUGAUCAUUAUUGUAAGAAUAUUAUUUUUAAUGUUUAUGAAAGAUAAAAAAACAAGAGCGAAGAAACUCAGAGAAUCACCGGCAAAAACUAUGAUAAUAUUAGGAUCAGGUGGACAUACAGCAGAAAUAUUGCGGGUUGUUAAACUAAUGGAUUAUGAAAAGUAUACACCUAGAAUAUAUGUUUCUGCUUCUACUGACAAUAUAAGUAUAGAUAAAGUAAAAGACAUAGAGGAAAUGAAAAAUGAUUAUAAAAUAGUAAGGAUCACUAGAAGCAGAGAAGUUGGACAGUCGUAUAUUUCUUCUGUAUGGACAACUCUUAUGGCAACGUUAGAAGCCACAUCUCUUUUAUGGUCUGAAAAGCCAGAAUUACUUUUAUGUAAUGGUCCAGGAACUUGUGUUCCUUUAUGUAUUGUAGCAUUUGUAUUUAAAAUAUUCUAUGCUCUUAACAUAACUACCGUAUUUAUAGAAAGUUUUUGUAGAGUUAAAACAUUUUCAUUGACAGGAAUUAUUUUAUACUAUUUUGUAGAUCAUAUAAUCGUAAGAUGGCCAUUUGUAAAUAAAUCAUUGUAUGACAAAGUUUAUUUGUCAUAAUUAAAAAUAUAUUUGUUUUUCAAUUAAUAUAAA